GCGAAGGCGCCUGCGCAAAUCUUUCCUGCUGCAGAAGCGGCUAGGAAGUUUGCUGGAGGAGCAUCAAACUUUUCUCCGGCUUUUGCCGGGCUUUCUCCCUUCUGUUCUUCCAGGUGCGGACCAAGGGAGCCUCCGGGAGAGAGACGCGACCGUGGGAUUCUAAGGGCUGCUGGUAGGUGUGAGGGGAAACUUGUCUCCUCUCUUUGAACGCCAGCCCGUCUUUGCAGCGCUAUAGACCCAUGGCAGGGAGCCCGCUGCCGCCAAAAAGGCAGGUGGAAGAAGAGACCCGGAGGGUGCUGGAAGCAUUCCUGCAAAGGGCGCUAAGAAAUGGAGAGGCAGAGUCCCUCGGUCACGUGGGCGGGAGUUAUCAUGAUCCCACAACUUACAUGCACAGCUCCCCGACAGAACAUUUCCAGGACUGUCCAGCCUGGAGCUUUGUCCAUGAGGAAAAUAACUGCACCGAUGAAAAAAAACGUAGCUUCCGCACCAGCAUCAAGCGUCUACUGCAGCGGCGGCCGAGUCCACGAACCCCGCCGGACAACAUGCCACCUUCUACGGGUUCCUUAAAGAGGUCCAAGGCAGGAGGGGAGGUUGGGGAAGGGGGCCGCCAGAAGCGGUCCUUCUCCCUCAAGAAUAUCCUGCGGAAAAAGGGAUCUUCCUCGGGGGAGACGACAAGCCCCGGUGGGACUCUCCAGCGCCCCGACUCCCUGCCUGUUGUCAACUGCUACUGUCGGAAACACCCCUCUGAGCAACGGGUGCCCCAAGGGAGUGGUGGUGAGGCUGAGGAUGCUGAGUUGUAUACCUUGGUAGCCCAGAAACUGGACCACUUGGUCAAACAGCAACAGCUGACCAGCCCUUUGGUGGCCAAAAGCUUGCCUUUUCCCACAGAUGAAAACAACAUACUUCCCACGGGCGGCACGAUACCCAGCACUCCAGUUAUUUCGGAGGAGCUGCCAGGAGACUUGGAGGAGAAACAGAAAGAGCAAAUCCUCCGGAAACUGGUUGCCCUUCUGGAAGAGAAGGCCGGAAUCAUCAAUAAGGAGAUUGAGGCCGACCCAUUGCUACGCAACACCUUAUCCCGCUUGUCCUACCGCAGCUUCUCUCGCAUGGCCGAGGCCUUCACCUCACGUGCCCCUCCUGGUCUCCCCAGCCCCCAGCUGGCUAAGCUGGCGCUCACCAUGGAGCUCACGCGAAAAGUGGCUGGUAUCAACAGCCAUGCAGUGCACACCCUCAUGGGCUACAGUCUCCAGUAUAUGGACAUGUUCGUGCCCUGGCUACAGCAGCAAGGUGGCUGGCAAAGCAUUGUGGCCCAGGAAGAGAUAUUUGAUCUGCAGCUUGACUAGCCAUUCUCCAGUACUGUGAGCCAAUGCCACUGCUCUUAAAACUGUGAUGAAGGAGAGAAUAUGCUCUUGAGACUUGCCUGGGCAAAGCUGACUAAAUGGGUGGGUUUGUUUUUUUUCAAAGUCUCCCAGGAAAGUCCCAUCUUCUCUCUCCGGCAAGGUAAAUGCCACUCAAGGAAAGUUAUGUCCUUGCAGCAAUGAUCAGAAGGUGACUUUUCAGCUAGCCCGGGGAUCUAGAAAUCUACACUAAUAAAUCCCAAACUUCUGGGCUUGGAAUAAAUGGCAGAAAUUGAUUUUAUUUUUAUUUUUUGUGUUAAUUGUUGCUGAUCUGUUCCUGCGGGAUUUGGAGUCCUGUUUUUAAAACUUGGCAAAGGAAAAUAAGAGUCAGAGAAAAGUAAGUUGAAAAGUAAGUGGUAGGGAACACAGGCUAUAAUGCAUUGGAGGUGAGGUUGGUGGAGAUUCAAGGGUGGGGCCUUAUCAUUGGUGACUCCUUAUCUUUGAAAUUGCUUUCUAAUGGAAGUUUACCUGGUUCUGACUCUUAUCUUUUCAGCACCAGGUGAAAGCAUUUUUUUUAAAAAGAAGGCUAUUUAAAUACUGUUUUUGUUCUGGUUUUGAUAUUUAAUGUUACUGUUCUGCCAUUUUGUAAUUAUUUAUUGUAUUGGGGGGAGGAUUGCUUGUUUUUUUAAUUUUCUUGAUUUGUGAGCUCCUCUGGGGGUUGAAGAGUAGGAUAUACAAAACUAAUAAAUCCUACCGUAUGCAAAAGUUUCUUGCAGAUCAGUUCAUAUGAAAACUCAAUGGCAUCAUCUUCCAAGACUGAGUUGCAAGGCUCUGAGAAUAAUGUAACCCUCAAACUCAGGGAUUUGAGUAUGUUUACAUGGAGUACCAGUAGCUUAACAAGUAUUUCAAUGACUGAGAAACUCUAUUUUUUUAAAUAAAACUUUUCAAUGAAAAUACAUAUUUCAAUAUCAAUUACUUUUGGUUGGUGUCUGCGUGUUCCCUUUUGUCCCGUCAACCUUCUGCCAUACCCAUCUCUUUAAAUAAUCUGUUGCAGGUAGCAUCCUGAAUAUGAACAUCUACUGAGGGGGUGUCUCCCCCCCCACUACUCCUGCAGCAAAACCCUUCAUGGAAGCCCCUGCCUGCGUAACUCUGGCAGCGAUCCUAUACCCACUAAUUCACUAGGAUUUCCGAGUAAAUAUGUAAAUUUGAGCUAUCAAAAAGGGACCACGUAUAGCUUGUCUGUUUAUUACAUUUUACAUGCCACCUUUCACUCAAGGAGCUCAAAGUGACCUACAUCCUUUCCCCCCUCCCAAUAUUAUCAUCACAUCAACCCUGUGAGGUUUGACUGAGGCAGUUGGGGACUGGCCCAAGGUCACCCAGUGAAGUUCAUGUCCGAGAGGGGAUUUGAACCCUACUCUCCCAUAUCACUCACUACACAAUACUGUUUAUGUUGAUUAAACCCCAUCCCAUGCUAAAUCCUCUGUUAAUAUAGAUUGUGUAUGGUGUGUAUAUAUAUGAGAACACACAAAGGGGGAGGGGGACUGGACAAGAUAGCUUACAGUAGAGGUGUUCCCAGGGAGAGAGCAGUUAGCUGCUGCAUCAAAGUGAUAGCUAUUCUAAGAGGACCCAUGUUUUUGAGCUGGGAACCAAACUACUUAAAAUAAAUCCAAGUUUUUGUUUUGUUGUGUUCUAUAAAACCAAUUUGAGCCCUGAAUCAAUGGUGUGAUGUUCUUACGGGCAACGUGGCUAAAACGUUCUGAGGCCUGGAAGAACGAACUGUGUCCCUGGCGCAGGAUAUGCAUGGCAGGAGUUCUAGGUAGCUUCUGGGUUAGAUUCCUGCAAUAUGUUACAUGUUAUGUUACAUGUGGGGCUACUUCUGAAGUCACUUUGGAAGCUGGAACAGAUUGCUUGCUGGGGCAAGAUGAUUUGAGCAUACAAGGCCGAUCCUUGCAUGCAUGAUGCUUUUAGGGUGGCCUUUGGAUAAGGGAUUGGGCAAUGUCUCAAGUCUUUAAAGGUUCCUGCACACUUUGUUCGUGGUCUCUCACGAGGUGGGCGGGAUCUAGUUGCAACAGAAAAAUAAAGAUCUGCUUUGCUUUCACUGGAUCCUAACGUCUCGUUUACAUCAGGGAGGUGGGCAGCAAAAGCCAACCCAUAAUUUUUCUGACAGGUUGCCUUGGGCAAGAUAAAGUGAAGUGACUAACACAUUUUAAUAAUAAUAAUUAAUAAUAAUAAUAGUUGUUGCAGUAGUCUCUAGAGACAGGCGUACGCCAAGCAAAAAUAAUAAUAAACAGUGAUCUGU